AUGAACGUUUUACAGAGACUCGAAGUCGAAGAUCUUACUGCUGCAUUUUUGAGAAGCGUUCCCGAUGUUGUCAAGUCUGUGCUAGGCGCAGAUAACUUUUCACCAACCGAUCUUCUGUAUCUUCCGCUUGUUGACGGUAGCUUCAAGCUGUGGGGAGUGUAUAUCGAUAUCGCAAUGCGAGUCGAUACGGAUGAGGUCACCGGUAUCUAUGUUGAAUCCAGUGUUGCAUAUAAAGCAUUUAUCGGAAUCUAUGGGCGUGUGCAGCAUCGCGAGCGCCAGCCGCGCAUGGCAUAUGAUAGUAUUCCCGAGUACAAGAGAUCACGACACUAUCAAGCGAUAUGUCAGGACGACGUCGAACCCGACUUUCGGCUCCUAUCUCUGUUUGAGGUUACACCUGGCAACUGA